AAAGUGGGAGAUAACUCUGGAAUAACUGCUGCCACUAAACAUUUCGCCAUGCUUCUUCCGGUGGCAACUAAUCUCCUUCGGAGAUUUGGAUCACACAGAGACAUCAUCAGAGGUUUGUUGAGGCAACAGAAGUCCGUUAUUGCUUCUUCUGUGUCUUGUUCAUCUUCCCUUACGUCUGCUGCCACGGAAAAUGAGUCGCCAUCUUCGAUCAGCGGGACACGGAAUACCGCGACUUUGACCCCUCGUCGGGACCCUAUCCGCUGGGAGCCGACCGAUGUCGGUCUACCACCAGAAGUAGAGCCUUAUCAAUCAUUGUGCAUCGAAAUGAAGGGUUACGAUUUCGCGGUGCUGGAGAAGUUUGCAUGCUACGUGCAUAAGAUGUGUGACAACCUGGGCCACAACUGUGAGGCCUUCGCCAUGCCGGCCAAAUCGCUUCACGUCUCAACGUAUCGACCCCGAUCAAGCGUGAUCGAUAAUACCUACGAACUGCAGGUAUACGAACGGAACGUCCUCCUCCAGGAUCUGGCCAACACCGCUCUGCCGCACCUCAUCUCGCUCUUCACGGGUCACCUGCCCGAAGGAGUCACCCUGAGGAUACGGCACUACACCGCCAGCGACGAGUCGAACCGUUACAUCCCGGACAGACAGCUGCGUGAGUUACACGGACAAUUGGAUGAAAUUGCCGCGUCCAGGAAGAAGAAAUAAAGACCACAAGGAACUGUACGGAAAGAGAGAGAGAGAGAAAGAAAGAAAGACUCUGUGUGUGUGUGGUAAUUUUUGUUUAACCCUUGGUCAGUCUUGAUUGGGGAUAUUAGGACCAGAGGCAAGCACCUUGUUCAUUUUAGCGUGAUUUACAACUGGGACUAAAGUCAAUUGAUUUUUUCAUAUACAUGUAUACGUCUAAGUUUGUAUGUCCACUUAUCUAAUACCCAGUCCGGAAUGAUUAAGAUCGGCCGAAAUGGAUUUGUAAUAUACUUUGAUUAUAAUACCCAAUCCUCUUGACAAAUAUACAAGCACGCGCAUACACACAUAUUUAUAUAUUAGAAAACAAUAAAUGCACAAACAAACGAAAGACAGACACAGAAGGAUCGAUAGAUCCUCAUCAAUUAUCGGCCAGAGGGUCAAACGCAAUUUAUAUACACACACACACACACAUACACAGGUGAUCUCUCCCCGAUUUUGCUUCCCCCCCCCCCCCCAAGACUUUCUUUAAAAAUGUAUAUUUUUUUGGUGGAAAUUGAAAUUUCUUUUAAUGAAUGAAAUGAGAUACAUUUUAGAUGAUGUAGAUUACGGAAACAGAAUUAUUUUGGCGAUCUUUCGGCCGAUAAUUAGGAACUCGUACCGAAAGAUCGCCAAAUAACUACCCCAAAAAGAAGUAAAUAUCUUGUAUUUGCAAUAUAUAAAUAUAUUUCUUUUGUUUUUGAAAUGUAUGAAUAUUUUGUUUUGUUUCUUUCUCAUCUUACUCUCUUGUGUCUGUUAUAUACGAGUGGAUGCUACAACGUUGGGUGUCGCCAGUAAGGCGUGGCUGGAGGCCCCAGUCUUCUGAGUUCUUUUACAAGGCUUAGAAAAAUCUGAAGGACCACUGCAAAUAAAGGGGUGGUUCUGAGAGGGGAACACGUUGAAUAAAAUUAUAAUUAACUGA